GUGUGUGUUCUUCCUCACGGAAGAGAGCGGAGGAGGUUCUCGGUGUGUGUGUGAGCAGAAAGCACCGCGACCGACCGAGAGAAGGACGAACCGGAUAACAGCAACAACAAUAAUCAUAAAAAAACAUCAUCGAGCCAACAAACAAACAAACAAGGAAGAGGAAAUAAAAACAUCUGCAUCCAUACAGGGCAGAGGUCGACAGUUGUGUGCGGGAGAGGACGCGCAGAAAAUGGGACCGUGGUUCUCCUGAUAGAGCAGCAGCGGAUCUGAGGGAGGACAGUCACCGGGCACAGACAUGGCCCACGUAGGCAACGGAGCCACCGGCGAGGAGGAGGACUGCUUUGAAGAUGCCUACGACCGAAUACCUGCGGCCUGUCAGAUGGACCUGCAGACAGCCAUCCAGGAGACUCAGUGUGCUCUCAAUCUGGUCCUCAACAACAAGUUCUCUGAAGCCCUGGACCUCCUCAAACCAUGGUGGAAGGACAGUAUGUACCAUGCGUUGGGUUACAGCAGCAUCCUGGUGAUGCAGGCCACGAUGACCUUCGAGCACAGAGACAUCCAGGCUGCCAUGGCAACCAUCAAGGAGGCGUUACACACCUGUCAGAGGUUCAGGAAGAGGAACUCGGUGGUCGGCUCUCUGUCCAGUCUGAUCAACAAGCAGUCCAACCUGCAGGAACAGGAGAUGCACGCAGAGAUCUGCUACGCCGAGUGUCUGCUGCAGAAAGCCACGCUGACGUUCGUACAGGACGAGAACAUGAUCAGUUUUAUCAAAGGAGGCAUCAAGAUUCGAACCAGCUACCAAAUCUACAAGGAUUGUCAGAAUGUGCUGAAUGUCAGUCAGGACCUGGCCGGCCAGUCUGAUGCGUUCAGACAGUUUGAGGGCGGAGUCAAGCUGGGAAUCGGAUCCUUCAACCUGAUGUUGUCUCUCCUUCCUCAGAGGAUUUUGAGGUUGUUGGAGUUCAUCGGAUUCUCAGGAAACAGGGGGUUUGGUCUGUCUCAGUUGAGGGAGGGAGCCUCCAGUCACAGUUUGCGGUCGAUCCUCUGUGCUCUGACGCUGCUCUUCUACAACACAUAUGUUUCACUGAUACUCGGAACUGGAGAGGGGAACUUGGUGGAAGCUGAAGCUCUGCUGGAGCCGUACCAGCAGAAGUACCCCAAAGGCUCCAUCAUUCUCUUCUACUCCGCUCGUAUCGCCACGCUGCGAGGAAACUUCGAGAAGGCCCGGGCGAGGUACGAGGAGUGUAUCAGCAGCCAGCAGGAGUGGAAGCAGAUCCACCACCUGUGCUACUGGGAGCUGAUGUGGACUCACUCUUACCAGCAGGAGUGGCAGCAGGCGUACCACUACGCUGACCUGCUGUGCAAGGAGAGCCGCUGGUCCAAGGCGAUCUAUGUUUACCAAAAGGCGGCCAUCCUCAGUAUGAUGUCGGAGGAGGAAAUAAAGAAGACAGGGGAGAACAUCAUGGAGCUCUUUAGGCAGGUGGAGGGGCUGAAACAGCGUCUGGCGGGGAAGUCGAUCCCAACGGAAAAGUUUGCAGUGAGGAAGUCCCGACGCUACAAGGCCGCUAACCCCGUCCCGCUGGUCAUCCCCGCACUGGAGAUGAUGUACGUUUGGAACGGUUUCACCAUCGUCGGGAAGAGAGCCGACAGUACCGAGUCCCUGCUGGUUACCAUAGAGACGGCUGAGGAGCAGCUUCGCAGCGACACCAACCCGACAGAGUUUCACCCUGACGACAGCUGCCUGGUCCAGAUGUUGAAGGGACUCUGUCUGAAACAUCUGGGUCGGUUACUGCAGGCGGAGCUCUGCUUCACACAGGUCCUCUCCAGUGAGAGCCGGAUCAGAUACGAUCACUACCUGAUUCCCUUCACUCUGUAUGAGCUCGGCCUUCUGUAUAAACAACAGGGAGACUUCACCAAGGCCACCACGUACAUCGAAAAUGCCAAGACGAACUACAAGGACUACUCCAUGGAGUCCAGACUGCAUUUCAGGAUCCACGCAGCCCUCAACAGCCUCAAAGGAUCUCCUGUCGGCACCCCAUGAAACUGGAAAACAACCAUGUAUGAAACAUGAAUCCAGGGAUUCGUCAAUGAACCGCCACUUAAUGAAGAGCCUGAAGAGUGUCGGGGGUUUGAGAUCACGUCCACCAGGACUCUUUCUUUCUCAUUGCUAGCAACCUUAUAUUUUAUUUAACUUUUCCUUAUUUAUUUUUUCAAUCGUGUGGACGGAUGAGACUAUUUAAGCAACAUAUUUCCUAUCAGCAGAUUAUAUUGGUUGAUGCGGAGCCGCGGCUCAAUGCCAAAUUUAAUCAACGUACCGAUUCCCAUUAACAACGGCUCCUUUAUAAUCAAUAAGGAGGCAAUAACGCAAGAGGGGUUUCAUUCUCAGGGCUCGUUCACUCAGACAAUUCAUUAAUUUAAAAGUCACUUUCUGUUAUAAAAGCACAAGGUCGGGGACGAGCGGGUACAUCAGUGUUUGUAUCUGUACUCAGAACGUAGGUGGACGGGGUUUAACCGUAAGGUGUCAGUUUAAGCCUGAAAUUGAUACAAGUUGAUCAGAAGUUCUUAUAUUUAUCAGAAAACUAUUUACAGAAUUCAGUUUGUUGUUUCUGAACACAAGCGUAACCCCGAAAUCAGUCGUAUUUUACUCAUAUUCAUGAGUUCGAAUAUUUACAGCGUUUGGUACUCGGAUACUCGCUCAACCCAAAUAAAAAGGUUAACGAGAGGAAACCAAUAAGUGACGAGAGGAAACCGAUCAGUAUUCUCAAUAAUCUUUGAUCGCCGUCGUCUGUCUGAACGAACCCUAAAAUCAAACUUACGUCUCUCACAACCAAACAAAUCACAGCCUUAAACUAAAGUAUACUUUUGUAUAAACGUUUGCUCACAAUAAGCUGUGUAUAUUUUAGGAAGAUGACUGUAGGAACACACAGUAUUUAUGCUUUAUAUUCACUUUACUUUGCCUUUUUAUUUGUUAUUUCUUAAUAAUGCAUCACACCACAUGUGCACACACAAUCACAGCCUUCUCACCAACUGUGGCUUAUACACACACACACACACACACACACACACACAAGCUUACACAUUAUGGGCAAUACGCACAUUAUAAACACACAAACGGCUGUAAACGCACACAUUUAGCAGCAAUAUAAAAGAGGUUGUGCUGUUAGUCCGUCAGUGUUUGUCCGACUGUAACAGACGUAGUUUCAGUGUUUCUCAGAGGCAGAAGAGAUUUAAAACAAUUAUAACGACGGUACUAAUCAAAACAAAAAAACUGUAAAUCAAGAUCAGAUCAAAUAUAUAUUCUACUGUUGCUAUUAGACAGGCUUAAUAUAAAUAAAUAUAAUGCCACUGUUUCAAAAUCAACUGUUAUGAAGCUAACUGUGCUGUAGCAUUACAUCUUUUAGCUAACGUCCACAAAGCGGGUUUAAUUAGUUUACUGUGAGCUGAUGUGUAAUAUCUGAAUGUGACGGAAAAUAAACGACUGACGUCCAAUAACAGUCCAACAACAGUCCAAUAACAGUCUAAUAACAGUCCAAUAACAGUCCAACAACAGUCUAAUAACAGUCUAAUAACAGUCCAAUAACAGUCUAAUAACAGUCCAACAACAGUCCAAUAAUAGUCCAAUAACAGUCUAAUAACAGUCUAAUAACAGUCCAAUAACAGUCUAAUAACAGUCCAACAACAGUCUAAUAACAGUCUAAUAACAGUCCAAUAACAGUCUAAUAACAGUCCAAUAACAGUCUAACAACAGUCCAAUAACAGUCCAAUAACAGUCUAAUAACAGUCUAAUAACAGUCCAAUAACAGUCUAAUAACAG